AUGAGGAGAAUAAAGGACUCGCGUGAAAGAAGGUCACAGGAUCAACGUGAGAAUGCUCCACCUUUGGUGUACUUUCCAGAUUUGUACUUCAAGCCUCCGCACCAUCCACUUUUAUACGGAAAACCAAGACAGAAAAGAGGAUAUUUGACCAUUGGAAUACCAUCCGUCAAACGUCCGAACACAGAGAGAAUAUAUCUCUACCAUACACUAGACUCUAUACUCGAAAAGAUGCCUGAGGUUGAACAUCACCAGAUAACAAUAGUGGUCAUGGUCUCUGAUGCCAACAGGACAUAUAAUAAUGAAUUAUCUACAAGUGUGUAUAAAAGAUAUAAAACAUUCUUUGAUCAUGGAAUGAUCCAUGUUAUAAACACGGUUGAUAGUAUAUACCCUGAUUUAGACAAUGUUAAACAAACAUUUAACGAUUCCCCGUCGAGACUGAAAUGGCGAGCAAAACAAAAUAUAGACUUUGCAUUUAUGAUGCUAUACAGCAGAAAUUUAUCUGAGUUUUAUAUUCAGCUGGAGGAUGACGUAAUCGUGGCGACAGAUUUUAUACAAGAUAUUCGAAAUUUUAUCGCGAGUACAUCAAAGACUUGGUUUCUUUUAGAAUUUUCUCGUUUAGGUUUUAUAGGCAAAUUAUUCCGGUCUUCUGAUUUGGAAUUCGUUUCCAUGUAUCUGCUGAAACAUUAUGAUCUCGCUCCGUGUGAUUUACUCUUAGGAGCAAUGAGAGGCGAAAGGGUACAACACAAACCUAUUCAUGCAAAGUAUAGUCUGUUUCAACAUAUAGGUAGAUUUUCAUCUUUAAAGAACAAAUUACAGCCACUUUCAGACAAUACUUUCAAAGACGGACUAAGAAUUGACAUGCAGUUAGAUAUGCCUACAGGAGAUAAUCCGCCAGCGAAAAUUAAAACGUCAUUGAUAACCUACCGGGAUCAUAUCCCUAAACAUGCAUAUGACAAUGAUAACGCCACAUAUUUUUGGGCUAAGACACCGAGUAAAGACGACCACUUUACAUUGAAUUUUGAAAAACCUCAUAAUUUUUCUAGAAUUUUAAUUGCUACCGGAGCAGUAGGAACGAGAAAAGAUUCUUUCUACCAUUCGUCUUUAUUAUAUUCUGAAUCAACCUCUUCGGAAGCCUCUGAUAAUAAAAGUACGUGUGCCAAUAGAUUCUUGAAACUUGUAGAUUUGACUGAUGGUGAAACUGACACCAAAGCGACAGGAACAGUUAUUCCAAAUAACAUAAAAUGCCUGAGACUUUUGGCAAAGAGAAGUAUUGGAAAUUGGAUCAUUAUUAGAAAUAUUCAGUUAAUUGAGUACUUAAGGCCAUAAAAUAUAGCAUAAUUAAUGUUAUAUCUACAAUCAGAUGCCAAAAUAAGUAUAUAAAACUUUGAUAAAUGCCUAUCUGAUGUCACAGACUUAAAUGCAUGUGCUGCUGGCAGUCCUGCACAUAGGGGAGACUGGUGUAAGAUGCUGCACUUUUUAAUCUUUUGGUUAUAACGUUUCUUUCUGUAGAGCGAUUUAAUUGUUCAUUGUUUUGUUCAAAGGUAUUAGCUAUUCGUUGCAAACUUAAAAAAACUACCUUGCCUUUUGCGUCAGACAAACCAAUCUUUAACCUAUUAAAAUGUAUCAACUUACUAGUGCCUUGGGCAUGUAAAUACAAUAUUCGGGUUAUGCUGAUACACAGCUCCUGAAAACUUUUGAUGGACUUCGCAUAAUUCUCCGAUUUCAUAUGUUUUUUGGGGGCAAUGCCCCCAGAUUUAACAAACCGUCUUUCAUUUUGCUUGUCGAGCUUAUGACUAAACUGACAACACACAGAAAAUAAGUUCCAAAGUAUUUACCAAACAUAACUUUCAUAUUGCAUUUUGCAAUUAUAUUUUCGAUCCAGAUAUGAUUAAAUAGAUCUACACAUUUUAUAUCAACAACAGUAUGUGAAGAAAACUAAACUGCAUUAUAAAUAUAAAUUAUAAUAGAUCUUCUUAAGCGUAAGAAUAAUAAAGACGCUUGAUUUGAUCGCGUGAAACUUGUUUUGAUCAUGUGACCUAUUCUGAAAUCCAAUGACUAGUUUUAAUACGCUCAAAAAAUGUGUUCAUGAUUCUGCGUGAAAAUAGCAACUACUAAGGAAUUGCAACGCCACUGAUAUGACGAUAGAUUAUUGAUUUUUUCAUCACCGUGCCUCGACACUGUUGUGGAUGUGUAUUAUUGAGAAACUUUAUCAGUUUGCGGCGAUCAGUACCGUUUAUCAGUAGGCGAAUCUAUAAAUAUGCGGCAACAUCCCGAUUCGCAAUCUGUUAAAAUAUCUUUUCUGUGCAGGUGUUAUUUCUAAAAUAUUAUUUCAGAAAAUAGAGUGCUGAAAUGAAAUACCUUUCGCAUGUCUAAGAAAAUAUUUUCAAGAGAUAUGUUAUUUAUAAAAGUUAAUACUGUAUAAAAGAUAAUAAUAAUAAAAAUAAAAUAAAAAACAGUGGUUUACUUGAAAUAGAAUAAGUAGAA